CCAACCCCCCAUUUGACAUGGCAGCCCCACCUUCACCCCCACCUCUGGUCCAUGUUGCCUGUUCUGUGUGAUUCUUUUUGCUCCUUCGCUGUUCACUGGAUCCUGGUGGGAACAAAUCCCCAAGGGGAGAGCAGAGCCAGAAGGAUUAAUUUCCAAAGACUCAUGUUACAUGAGGAAGCCACCACGAAGAGCAAAGAAAAGGAUCCAGGGAUGGCUCUUCCUCAGGGACACUUGACUUUCAGGGAUGUGGCUAUAGAAUUCUCUUUGGCGGAGUGGAAAUGCCUGAACCCUGCGCAGAGGGCUUUAUACAGGGAAGUGAUGUUGGAGAACUACAGGAACCUGGAGUCUGUGGACAGCUCUUUUAAAACCAUGAUGGAGUACUCAUCAACAGGGCAAGGCAAUACAGAAGUGUUACACACUGGGAUGUUGGAAAGACAUGAAAGUCAUCACAUUGGAGAUUUUUGCUUCCCAGAAAUCAAGAAAGAUAUUCAUGACUUUGAGUUUCAGUGGCAAGAAAUUAAAAGAAAGGUCCAUGAAGCACCCAUGACAAAAAUCAAAAAGUUGACAGGUAGUACAGACCGACAUAAUCAAAAACAUGCUGGAAACAAGCCUAUUAAAGAUCAGCUUGGAUCAAGCUUUCAUUCACAUCUGCCUGAACUGCACGUAUUUCAGACUGUAGGGAAAAUUGAUAAUCAAGUAGAGAAGUCUAUCAACAAUGCUUCCUUGGUUUCAACAUCCCAAAGAAUUUCCAGUAGGCUUAAAACCCAUAUUUCUAAUAGGUAUGGGAAGAAUUUUCUCCAUUCUUCAUUAUUCACACAAAUACAGGAAGUACACAUGAGAGAAAAACCUUUCCGAUGUAAUGAGUGUGGCAAAGCCUUUAAUUAUAGCUCACAUUUAAGGAGACAUCACAUAACCCAUUCAGGAGAGAAACAACAUAAAUGUGAUGUAUGUGGCAAAGUCUUUCAUCAAAAGCAAUACCUUGCAUGGCACCAUAGAGUCCAUACUGGAGAAAAACCUUACAAGUGUAAUGAGUGUUGCAAGACCUUCGGUCACAAGUCAUCUCUUACACGCCAUCAUAGACUUCAUACUGGAGAGAAACCUUACAAAUGUAAUGAGUGUGGUAAGACCUUCAGUCAGACAUCAUCCCUUGUAGGCCAUCGUAGACGUCAUACUGGAGAGAAACCUUACAAAUGUGAAGAAUGUGACAAAGUUUACAGUUGCAGAUCACAACUUGAAACACAUAGGCGAAUUCAUACAGGAGAGAAACCAUACAAAUGUAAGGUUUGUGACAAAGCUUUUAGGCAUAAUUCAUGCCUUUCACGCCAUAACAGAGUUCAUACUGAAGAGAAACCUUACACAUGCAAUGAAUGUGGCAAGGUUUUCCGGCGUGAUUCAUACCUUGCACAACAUCAGAGAGUUCAUACUGGAGAGAAACCUUACACAUGUAAUGAAUGUGGUAAGGUUUUUAAUCAAAAAGCACACCUUGCAUGUCAUUAUCGACUUCAUACUGGAGAGAAACCUUACAAGUGUAAUGAGUGUGGCAAGACCUUCAGUCAGAAGUCAUCCCUUGUAGGCCAUCGUAGACUUCAUACUGGAGAGAAACCUUACAACUGUCAUGAGUGUGGCAAGACCUUUGCUCGAAAUUCAUCCCUUGUAAUUCAUAAGGCAAUUCAUACUGGAGAGAAACCUUACAAGUGUAAUGAAUGUGGCAAGGUUUUUAAUCAACAAUCAAACCUUGCACAACAUCAGAGAGUUCAUACUGGAGAGAAACCUUACAAGUGUAAUGAGUGUGGCAAGACCUUCAGUCAUAUGUCAUCCUCUGUAUACCAUCAUAGACUUCAUAAUGGGGAGAAACCUUACAAGUGUAAUGAGUGUGGCAAGACCUUCAGUCAUAUGUCAUCCUUUGUAUGUCAUCAUAGACUUCAUACUGGAGAAAAACCUUAUAAGUGCAAUGAGUGUGGCAAAGCCUUUAGUGGGCAGUCAUCACUUACUCAUCAUCAAGCAAUCCACAGUAUAGGCAAACUUUACAAAUGUAAUGAUUCUCACAAAGUCCUCAGUAAUGCUACUAUCAUUUGCAAAUCAUUAGAGAAUUCAUAAUGAAGAGAGAUCUUACAAGUGUAGUAAAUGUGGCAGAGUUUUCAGACAUCGUUCAUAGCUUGUAGUUCAUUGGCGAACUCAUACUGGAGAGAAACCUUACAGAUGUCAUGAUUGUGCAAGGUGUUCAGUCAAGCUUCAUCUUAUGCAAAACAAGAGAAUUCAUACAGGAGAGAAACCUUACAACUGUGAUAAUUGUGGCAAAGUCUUUUUUUUUCUUUUUGAGAUGAAGUCUUACUCUUUCUCCCAGGCUGGGGUGCAGUGGCACAAUCUCAGUUCACUGCAACCUCCGCCUCCCAGGUUCAUACGAUUCUCCUUCCUAGCCUCCCGAGUAGCUGGGACUGCAAGCAUGUUCCACUAAGCCUGGCUAAUUUUUGUUUUUAGUAGAGACAGGGUUUCACCAUGUUGGCCUGGCUGCUUUCAACUCUUGACCUUGUGAUCUGCCCACUUUGGCCUCCCAAAGUGCUGGGAUUACAGGCACGAGCCACCGCGCCCAAUGUGGCAAAGUCUUUACAUUCACACCACAUUAGACAUCAGAGAAUCUAUACUGGACAGAAAUCUUACAAAUGUCAUAGGUGAGGCAAGGUCUUUAGUCUGAGGUCUCUCCUUGCAGAACAGCAGGAAAUUCAUUUUUGAGAUAAUUGCAGUGGCGUGAUCUCGGCUCAUUGCAAGCUAUGCCUCCUGGGUUCACACCAUUCUCCAGCCUCAGCCUCCCGGGUAGCUGGAACUACAGGUGCCCGCCACCAUGCCUGGCUAAUUUUUUGCAUUUUUAGUAGAGACAGGGUUUCACUGUGUUAGCCAGGAUGGUCUCGAUCUCGUGACCUCGUGAUCUGUCCGCCUCGGCUUCCCAAAGUGCUGGAAUUAAAGGCAUGAGCCACUGCGCCCAGCCAUCAGUGUAUUUCUUGAAUGUAUUUGAUUGAUGUCUAAUGCCUCCCUAAACAGCCUAAGAACAAGCUGUUCCCCAUUACCUUGGACACACGUUCUCAGGACCUCCUGAUGGUCAUUCAUAUUUAGCUCAGAAUAAAUCUCUAAAGAUAUUUUACA